AAACUUUGGUAAUAAUUGAAACCAUAGAUCAUGUUCUAUGGCAAUAUCCUCUGUACAAUAACUAUGGACAAAUCAUGUACCAAAAACUCAUCAGCAAUAUAAUGUUUCCACCGCAGGAAACGCGGGAAUUUCUAAUUAGAAUAGAUGACAGUCUUUAAGUAAUAAUCAAUGAAUUUGUCCGGAAAUGUUCCUUAAAAUAAAAUAUGGAACUCAGCAAUUACUGUCAACUCAGAUUGAAUACUAUGAUGGUAAACAAUUCGCAUGUAUGUACACUAGCUUGUAAACAUGAAAUAUCUAUGCAAAUUGAAUAAUCUUUGCUCACAAAUACGUGUAUUUUAUGUCUGUGCCUUCGGCUUGACCCUUCGGAGAUAACGUACCGCAUCCUAUGCAUGUGUGUGUACGUACAAUUUACCUAAAUCUCACUGUCAAUGCCAUCUUUAGGGUAUAAAGGGGACUCCUACGUGCCUUGCGAGGAGCUUCGCGAUUGUCGCGGGGCUCUUCAGUACGCUUUCGUUUUCCGAAGCGUGUGUGUGUAAAACAAAAAAAAAAAUUUUUUUCUUUGUUGAACGUUGUUGUAACGUUCAGUAAUAAUUGGCACAAAAGUGCAGAAAUUCCAUUAUGGAUUCAAAGGUGAGUAUCUCUCUGUCCUUGCCUUCGAAGUUUUUCUUUUAGGGUUUAGAUCAUCGUUGAUGGAGAUAAAAAAAAAAAAAAUGGGGCGAGACCGUCCCCGACUUCCGCCAUUUUAAGCUACGGUUGGAUAGCCCCCGUGUGUCAGGACUCACGAGAAACUUCUCUGUGCAUAUACACACACUUCGUCAACGAGUGAUUUCCGCAACCUGCAGUCAUCCGCUCAGGCAUGCGAUGACAGCUUAUUAGGCCGGGAGGGAAGAGGCUAACCUCUCCCCUUCUCACCUCCUUCAGAAAGGUACUUUCCGCUGCCCGCAGUCAUCCGCUCGGGCAUGCGAUGACCGCCUGACAAGCUGGGGGAGAUGGUUUAACCUCUCUCUUCCACUCUUCACUGGAACGAAAUACCCUACAUGCGGGAACGUAACACAAUGUCAUAGCAGGGUCCAGCGGUCUAACCUCUGUCCUACCUUACUGUCAUUGCAGUGGGUAAAGUAAAUAUGGACCUGGGGAAGAGACUGGGAGGUCGAGGCCAUGCUCCCACCUUCUCACAGUCAAUACAACCCUUCAUAACCCCUUUGAACAGUCAUCUUCAAUUUCGGGGAGGGGUGGGGCAACCAGCGCAAACGACAAAUGACUUUGCAAUAUCUAAACCCCCUAUGCAUGAUCCUUCUGGUGAAUCUGGUUUUCUGUUCAAAACAUUUACAGGAAGAGAGGAACUGGGCGACGUUGGAAGAUUUGGUGGGAUGGGCAGCUGCCACCGAGGAGGAGGAUGCGACGCUAGAUCUUCUGAAGCUAUCCGCCAGCAAAAGUUUACCAGAAGGAUGGCAGAUGGGGAGAGUCUUGGUGCUAUCAAAUAGAGAGCUCUUCGGAUCAGAAAAAGAGAUCGACACUCUUCUCUUCAAAAAAAUUGAGUUUGCAAUCCCUACUCUGGAUGUGGUUAUGGCUUUCAAACUAACAGCCACGAAUCUUAAUGAAGAGUCCUUCAGCGCUUGUAAAAAGGCCAUGCUGGCCUGGCCGUUCUGCAGGGCCCUUAUUUCAAGCCCCCCUUCGUUAGUGAAUAAAGUGUGGGGGUCGAUAAGGGAGGCACAGAAGUUCGUGCAGUCAUUAGCGACAAUCAGACACCUUUUAACGCCCUGGGCAAUAGCAGCUAAAGAGCUUCAACGAUUGUCAGGGGCCGGGAGUCAACUCGAGGCGCUCGAGGAGUCAGAGGAGUCGGAAGAACCUUCGGUCAAAAGGUCGUGCCUGGAAGCCCUGGAGAAUCGAAUGACCUCCAUGCUCAAUAUUCUUUACGAAAAAAUCGACAAUCAAGCUACACAGUGUCCCACUUCGCCCCAGAGUCUAGAGGGGUCGUCAUCAGAUGAAGGGAAGGCGCACCGGAAGAGUCAGAAUCAGAGCAGGACCGCAAGUCUUCUAGUGGUCUUGAAACCACGCAACGCCUAGCAUGGGAUCCGUUGGUAAAGGAAUGCGAGCCCCCCAUUCCUGAGCCAAAAUCAGCUAUCAGGGCUCAGGGAAUCAGAUGUCAAAAAUUGGGAUCGUCGGCAUGGAAUAAAAUUCGAUAUCUGGAAGUGCAGAAGAGACUGGGAGCUUCACCGGUUUUCAACGCUCUCAAGGUCAAUAAUCAAUUAACAAACGUAAGCCCAUCCACUUACAGCCAGGCGAUCAUGGCUAAAACCGAUCUAUUGACAGGCACUCUCUCUCAUGGUCUUUUAAUACAAAGGGAGCGUCUUUCUGACGCGUUCAAUUCACUGGUAGCGAAGCACCCGGUGGUCUUCCCGGAUAUCAAGGCCCUGUUCCUUGGGGACUCGCCAGUCAGCACGAUUUCUGAUGAUUUACUCCACUACACUUGUGCAAGAAGAGCCGAAUUCAUCGACAUGAGGAGAAACGCCUUUAAAGCACCAGAGCCCCAUCAUGCAGCGAAGCUAGCAGAGAUUCCCCCGUCAGAAUCCCACCUGUUUGAGGAAAAACAGUUAUCAGAAUUCUUGAAUCAGCAAAGGGGUGUCUCCAAGGUCUUCCCCCCGAGGCUAAAACGUCGCCAGUUCAAGGGCUCGAAUUCCUUUCGCCCCAGAACUCAGCCUAACUCAGAAAAUACCACUCAUCCACGUCCCUCAAAAGCAAGACCGUCGACCAGCUCAGCCACACGUAAGCCGGAAGCGAGAUCUUCAAAGAACCCACCAAAGCGUAGGGAUUCAAGGAAAAGAAGCGCUCACUAUCGCAGAGCAUGACUACGAUUCUCCAUUCGAAGGGGGGCGAUUGGGUCAAUUUAUUCCCAGGUGGAUCAAAGCAGGAGCGCCAAAACACGUUUUAAGCAUUCUAGAAGGCUAUUCCAUUCCGUUCAUCAAAAAACGACCAAUCGUCUCUUUCACACCAGCAAACAUACGUACAUAUUCGACCAAAAAUACGGCACAAAUGUCGAAGGAGAUCCGAUCAAUGAUCGACCAGAGAAUCUUGGAAAAAGCAAGUUGGAACUCAGGGUUCAUAUCCCCGAUGUUCCUUAUUCCAAAAGCCGAUGGAAAAUUUCGUCAAAUUUUCAACCUCCGUUGUUUGAACGAGUACUUGGAUCCACCAAAAUUUCGACUGAUAAGUCAUCGCAUGGUUUUUUCUUUUUGAUGUGAAACAUCUAUAGGCGCACCCCUAAACUGAAUCGUUGGCCUGGCGAUACUUGCCGUGGCGAGCAUUCGCCAGGCUAUACCAAGGUAUGCCUAUCUAUAUUCUGUGUAGUAGAGUGUACGGUGUGGCUUCUCACUCAGUUCGACGUUGUUGUUUACUACGGUACACAUAACCUGCGUUUUAUUUAAUUUUUCAUUUUAAUUUUUGACAAUAAAAUAUGUGUGACAGUGACAACUCAGAAGAUCAAAGUGAUCAACCUUGUGCAAAGAAAGUGAAACUACACUAUGGUAUACUACCAAGUCAUCAUUCCCAACAAUCAUCAGAAGGAUCACAAAAUAUUAUUAUUGAAACUGGACGUCACCCUGAUCAGUUAAACACAAGGCAUACUAUCAAUGUUGUGUCAGACUUUAUUAAUCGAAUAGUACCAGACUAUUUUAAACUAUUGCAUCUAUUGGAAAUGUGUGUUCUUCACAUGUUAAACUACAAGACGGAAGUGAAUUAAUUAUGAUUGUAAUAUACAUUUCACCUAAUAACAAAAUGGAUCAUCUCAUUUCAUUUUUACAUGAAAGGUUAUUUCCUUAUAGUCAAACAGGUUCAAUAAUUCUUAAAGCGAAUAAACAUAAACUACCAUUAUUUUUAGCUGCAUAUUUCAGUGUAAAUUUUGCAAGAGCUGAAUCAAUGCCAUUAAUGACAUUUCUUCAAAAAGAAUUUCAAUGGCAAAUCAAUAACGAUCCAAAAGAAUCUACUACCAAAUAUGGAACAACAAUAGAUGCUGUAUUUGUGAGAUAUCUUAAUGGUGUUUCAUCCAAUACUUUUGUAACGUACUUUAGUUAUCAUCGACCAAUCGUUACAGUAAUACCGGCAGAGGAAAAAUCGAAUAUAACUAUUAUUGAAGCCACAGAUGAAAAUAUUUAAAUUGUGGCAACUUGAUACUAAUAUCGAAUUUUUAUAUCAUGUAAAUAAAUGUUUAUUAAAUAAAGUUACCAUUUACUGUAAGAAUCUCGUAAUACUUCAUUUUUUCAUUAGGCUAUAUUUAAUUCCUGUAAUAAUAUUAUCUUUUAUGCAUAUUACUUGUACACACACGAUGUUUCACAUCUGCCAGGCGUCCCAUGACGGCUCAUUUUUUUUUGCAAACAUGCGACUACCUAGUAAAGAUAGACUUGUCACAAGCUUACCUACACGUUCCUAUAAAGCAAUCUCACCGAAGAUUCCUCUGUCUAUCGUUCAAAGACCAACUAUACAACAUAACGUGCCUCCCCUUCGGCCUCUCCACAGCUCCUGUGGCCUUCUCAAGGAUAAGCAAUUGGUUGGCGAAUACUCUUCGACAGAGGGGGAUGAGAGUUUUGGUCUACCUGGACGAUUUUCUGGUAGCAAGCCAAAGUGCCCAGGAACUCAAGCUGCAGGUGUUGGAGAUAUUGGAUUUCCUCCGCUCUCUAGGUUGGAUAGUCAAUGCAAAAAAAUCCACAGUCACUCCCAAUCACAGAAUCGAAUUCUUGGGAAUCAUCUGGGACACCAGGCUCAACGAAAUGGUGCUUCCUACCGACAAGAAAGCAAAGAUCUUAACGCUCCUGGGGAAAAUGCUAAAGUCGGGAAACUGGAGUUGGAGGUCAGCGGCAUCUCUGCUAGGGAUGCUGAAUUUCGCGUCCAUGGUCAACCCCCUGGGACGUCUUUUCUGUCGCCAAUUACAGCGAGGCAUGCACCGUCUCUCGAAAAGCUCUCCAAAGACACGUUUUCCCCUACUCAGCCUGAGUCGAUCCGAUUGCCUGUGGUGGAAAAGCAAUAUCCAUCGAACGAGCUCCAUCUUCCAGCCGGAACCCGAGAUUUUUCUAUCAACAGAUGCCUCACAGACAGGCUGGGGCUUCGAUUUGGAUGGGACGCACUGGGCAGGCUUAUGGACACCGGAGCAGAUGACCUGGCACAUCAAUCGGAAGGAGCUGUUCACAGUAUUGAAAGCAAUACAAAUGUUCGUGUAUUCACUCCGGAAAGAUCCAUCAUGCUGCAGUCGGACAACAAGACUGUCGUGGCCUACAUAAGGAAUCAGGGAGGAACACGUUCGCUGGUCCUGUUAAACCUGGUCAAGGAGCUCCUAUUACUUCUGGAUCAACACAACAUCCGGCUGGUACCCUUCUUCCUACCGGGCAGAUACAAUACAAUAGCAGACCGCCUCUCGAGGAGUCUGACACUCCCGGACUGGCACCUGAGCGACGAAAUUCUCGAGGGAAUCUUUCAGAAGUGGGGCAAACCAGAGGUGGACCUCUUCGCAUCAGCUCAAUCCAAGAUAGUCCCGAGGUACGUCUCAAUAGAUGCGAUGGAUCGGGAGGCUCUCUUCACGAAUGCCUUCUCCAGACCAUGGAACGUGAGCUUGGCCUGGGUAUUUCCACCACCACCUCUAAUACCCAAGGUUCUACACCAUCUGAACACAGCAACACGUAUCUUUCUACUCGUAGUUCCGAGGUGGGAAGCGACUUUCUGGAGAGGGGACCUGAAGAGCAGAGCUCUGUAUGCUCCCCUCAAACUAAUGAACCUGGAAAACCACCUGGUGGACUUAUCAACGGGUCUUCCACCGCAGGAAAUAAAAGAACUCUUUUUGGAGGUUUGGAAGGUGCGGGGUGGAGUACGCGCAUAGAAGGCUUGUCAGAACCUGAGAUCUCUCUCUUAGGAACAGCCUGGAGGAACUCAUCUUGGAAAACAUACACUUCUGUGUGGAGACAAUGGUUUUCUUGGUGCAAGAGUAAGGACAUUCCGUCUCAUAAUCCAACGGCCCAGCACUUGGUUCAGUAUCUUAGUCACCUCUUUUACGAGAAGCAAUUGUCAUUUAGAUCAAUUCUCACUCAAAAAUCAGUCAUUUGUUCUCUCAGUGGGGUAGAGAAAAACACCAGCUUGAGUGCGGACCCAUUAAUUAAAUCCUUAUUAAAAGCAAUGGGUAUGCAAACAGCCAGGCAAGAAAAACCUCAGAAGAAAAUAACAUGGGAUGUGGAUAUUCUGACGAGUUGGAUGUCGGCUCAUCCCCCCAGCGAGGACAGCAUGUUCCAAGUUUCUCGCUUCGUGGCGACCCAGCUACUGCUGGCGUCAGGAAGGAGAGUCCACGACUUUACUCUUCUCUCUAUUGACCCAAGUUUCUGCGAUAUACGGGAAAACACAGAAUUUGGCUCAAAAACGGAUAGUGUGAGUUCUUGCCAGUCGGGUUGGCAAAUCUCCAGUUCUCAAGACCGAGAAUGGAACCCAGUGCAUUGGAUAAAAGAGUUGAUUCGACUAUCGGCCGAAAGGCGAAAAGCUCGAAAGUCUCUACCAGCACUGUUCAUCACAACAAGGGGAGAGGUCAAGGCAGCCUCCAGAGCGGUCAUCGCGGGAUGGAUCAAGACAGCCUUCAAAGAGGCGGGAAUCCAAGCUAGCGCAGGGUCUGCUAGAGCAGCAGUGGCUUCGCGAAAUUUUCAGGAUAAUAUGGGUAUGGACGAACUUUUAGCAAGGGGCAAUUGGCGAGGGGAAGGAAAUUUCCUUCGACACUAUUGCAAAAGUAUUGAUAGAACUAAGAGACCUGACAAAAGUAUUUCUUUAGUUAAAAGUUUCAAACCAGUUUGAUCCUUGAGACAAUCUGAGUUUAGAGUUAUGGCAUGCCAUGAUAAAGCUUAUUCAAGAGUUCUCGUUGUAAGAACCCUGUAGCAAUUUGAUUUGUCAAAAUUCGUUAAAUAAACAUUGUUCAUUUAUUA